CGCCGAACCAGGCCCGGCGGACGGAGCUGCCCGCGCGGCGCGGGGGGGCAUGAAGUUGGGCUCGCGCGGAGCUCGGAGCAGGGGCGCGGCGGGUCCGGGAGCCGCCCGCAUCUAGAGCCCGCUCGGUGCGCCAUGGAGCUCGGGGGCCCGGGGGCGCCGCCGCCGCCGCUGCUGCCGCCGCUGCUGCUGCUGCUGGGGGCCGGCUUCUUGCCUGUGAGCAGUCACGUGGAGACCCGGGCCCACGCGGAGGAACGGCUGCUGAAGAAACUCUUCUCUGGCUACAACAAGUGGUCCCGGCCCGUGGCCAACAUCUCGGAUGUAGUUCUCGUCCACUUCGGCCUGUCUAUCGCACAGCUCAUUGACGUGGAUGAGAAGAACCAGAUGAUGACGACGAACGUGUGGGUGAAGCAGGAGUGGCAUGACUAUAAGCUGCGCUGGGACCCCGCUGACUACGAGAACGUGACCUCCAUCCGCAUCCCCUCUGAGCUCAUCUGGCGGCCGGACAUCGUCCUGUACAACAACGCGGACGGGGACUUUGCCGUCACCCACCUGACCAAGGCCCACCUCUUUCACGACGGGCGGGUGCAGUGGACACCCCCAGCCAUCUACAAGAGCUCCUGCAGCAUCGACGUCACCUUCUUCCCCUUCGACCAGCAGAACUGCACCAUGAAGUUCGGGUCCUGGACCUAUGACAAGGCCAAGAUCGACCUGGUGAGCAUGCACAGCCGCGUGGACCAGCUGGACUUCUGGGAGAGCGGCGAGUGGGUCAUCGUGGACGCCGUGGGCACCUACAACACGCGCAAGUACGAGUGCUGCGCGGAGGUGUACCCGGACAUCACGUACGCCUUCGUCAUCCGGCGCCUGCCGCUCUUCUACACCGUCAACCUCAUCAUCCCCUGCCUGCUCAUCUCCUGCCUCACGGUGCUCGUCUUCUACCUGCCCUCCGAGUGCGGCGAGAAGAUCACGCUCUGCAUCUCCGUGCUGCUCUCGCUCACCGUCUUCCUGCUGCUCAUCACCGAGAUCAUCCCGUCCACCUCGCUGGUCAUCCCGCUCAUCGGCGAGUACCUGCUCUUCACCAUGAUCUUCGUCACGCUCUCCAUCAUCAUCGCCGUCUUCACGCUCAACGUGCACCACCGCUCCCCGCGCACGCACACCAUGCCCGCCUGGGUCCGCCGCGUCUUCCUGGACGUCGUGCCGCGCCUGCUCUUCAUGAAGCGGCCGUCCGUGGUCAAGGACAACUGCCGGCGGCUCAUCGAGUCCGUGCACAAGGCGGCCGGGGCCCCGCACUUCUGGCCGGAGCCCCGGGGGGAGCCCGAGCUCAGGAGUAGGGGCCCCGCCCCGUCCCCGACCCCGACCCCGUCCUGCGGCCCGGACCAGCCGGGCAAGCCCCAGCCGGCCUGCACGUCGCCCUCGGACCAGGCCUCUGCUCUGCAGCCCUCAGAGGCCGAGAAGGCCAGUCCCUGCCCCUCGCCCGGGCCCUGCCGCCCACCAGGGCUCGCCAAGGCCCGGUCCCUGAGCGUCCAGCACGUGUCCGGCCCCAGCGAAGUGGCAGAGGGUGGCGUGAGGUGCCGGUCCCAGAGCAUCCAGUACUGCGUGCCCCGAGAAGAGGCCGCCUCCCCAGCCGACCGCCCGGCGGACGGCUCCCCUGCCUCGCUGACCACGGCCCCCUCGGCUGAGCUUCCGCCCCCAGACCAGGCCUCCCCCUGCAAAUGCAAGUGCAGGAAGGAGGCGGAGGCACCGAAUGCCGCGCUCAAGGCCCCCGGCACCGGAGCGCCACCCCUGCCCCUGUCGCCAGCUCUGGCGCGGGCGGUUGAGGGUGUCCAGUACAUUGCAGACCACCUGAAGGCGGAAGACAUGGACUUCUCGGUGAGGCAGGACUGGAAGUACGUGGCCAUGGUCAUCGACCGCAUCUUCCUCUGGGUGUUCAUCCUCGUCUGCCUGCUGGGGACGGUGGGCCUCUUCCUGCCGCCCUGGCUGGCCGGCAUGAUCUAGGGGGCUCCCCGCGCUCCAUGCGGUCACGCCACUCACCAGAUUGCCCCCCGUCAUCUGUCUGCUGUGAGACGGCCUUGGAAGCUGCCUCCUGGGGACCUGCCCGGGCGGCUGGUGAACGCCUGUCUAUCUGCAGGGCGGUGUAUCCGGAGCAUGGUGACAUGAUGGCCUCCCGCCAGGACGCACGUCUGACCGCUCUCGGCGAAUGUCCCAGCCGCCCCGACUGUCCCAGGGCCACGCCCCUCGGCCACGCUCAGCCCCUCUCAGCCCCGAAAGCCCCUCGUCCCCGUGGGAUCCCCGAGGCCCAGGCACUGAGCCGGGCCUGGCUGCCUCUCCCACCCGGGCCUGGGGCACCCGUGGGUCCUCAGACCUGCUCUCCCUGACCCCAGAGGCGUCAGCAAACAUUCGAACCUCAUUUGCCAGGGGAGGGUCCAAGCAGGGAUUUUAUUUUGGUCUGUUCUGGGUAAAUUAACGAAAACCCAGAUUUUGUGCCUGAGGGGCCUUGGGGAUGGAGUGAUGAGACGUGGUCCUGCUCGGAGGAGAAUCUAGUGGCAGGUCCCCCUCGGGUGAGGGAUCCUCAGCCCCAGGGAGUCCAGAUGUCUGCCUUCCAGGGAUGCCGGGGGUCUCGGGCCAGCACUUCACAGGGGCCUGUGAUGCCCCCAGACCCCCAUGGGCCCUGGUACUUUGUGAGGGACCCGGAGCCACGUUCAGGACCCAGGUCGGGCUCCCCAACACCUCCCGUGGGUUCCCCUCUGCUCACAGCCCAGGGACCCCUCUGGGGCAUAGACACAGGUAGGACUUCCCUGACACAGUAGCCAUGGUGACCUGGGGGGACCCGAGGAGAGCCCAUCUGGCCGACUUGGAGACCCUCUGGAGGGUGGAGCCCCUGAGAAACAUCGAGGGGGUGGAGGGGACCCUCCACGGGCCUCCCCCCAGCCCAGGAGCCCCACCUCACACCAUGCGGGGGCUGCCCUGCCUGAGGUGGUGGGGGGAGGUGCCCACCCCGCCCGCCUGUGAAGCUCGGGACGGCCCCCUGGACAUCCAGACCCCAUCUGCCCAUCUCGGAUCGGCACCUGCCUCCUGGGGCCAUUGGGGCACCAAUCCCAGGAUGCUGGGGGAGAGCCCGGGUGGGUGUUCACCAGGACCCAGGACCGGGCGGCGGAAGGGGGGAGGGCCAGGCCCCCGAGGAUGCAGCCGGGACGCAGAUCUCAGAUGUCAGCGCCUCAAUCCUCCUUACGUAAGCGGAUCCAGCGCCAGAUAUGGGGCAGCUGUGGGGAGCCCUGGGGGUGCCCAGCUGCAGAUGCUCUUUUCUGGGUCGGGAGAGCGCAGGAGCCCCAGGGGUGGGGAUGCUUCCCCUUUCUGGUUUCCGCUUUUUCUGUUUUUUGAGACCCAAACACAAGUCAGAAAAUCCGCACACAGAAUAGAUCACCCACAUUCCCACCAAAUUAACCAUGACCACUAUUUUGGAGUAUUUGCCUCUAGGGUUUUUGUUUUGUUUGUUUUGAUUGACAUGAAAUUUACCUAUGACAAAAUGCCUGGUCUUAAGCCCUCAGAUCAGUGAGUUUUACUAGAUUCAACCCCAAGGCCCCCAUCCACCAGAGCCCCCUCCAGCCCCUUCCAGCCUGUGCCCCGGUGGCAGUUAUGGCUCUAAUUUCCUCACCAGAGGUGGUCUCUGCCUGUCCCUGACCUUGGUAUGAGUGGAACCCCCCCCGUUCUCAGCCUUUCUGUCCUGUUCUUCCACCCGGUGUGGUGCGGUCAACACCCACCAUGGCUGUGUCUCCAUCCAUAAACAGUUUUGUCGUUAGUUGCUGAGUCGUGUUUUUCUGUCCGAAUAAACUAAAGCAAGUCUGUGUCUCCGUCACCUGUGCUGGCCUCUGUCCGGUCAUUCUGACUCAAGCCGCUGUGUGCAGGUCCCGCUGGGUGUCCUCCUUCUUUCUCUUAGUGUUGACUGUGUUUCAUUUUCUGUGUCUUGUGAUGUUUUGACACCUUGGGGGCCUCACACACUCGGGAGAGGGUUGUUUCAGCACCAUUUGUUGAAACACUGACCCUUCUACAUUAAAAUGCCUAAAAACAGUUUCCUCAUAUAUUUUCUGUGCUUUUUAAUGGUUUUUGGUCCAGUAUGGGUUACUCCAUCAUGGCUAGAAGUAGAAAGCUGUAUCUCGUCUUUUAAUGCAAUCUUUUGAAGAGUUGAACUCCCCGCUCUGUGUUGUAAUUUCUGCCACACUGGGAUAUGGUUAGGUCGUCUCUCUUAUUUUUCUGUUUGCAUGUGUUCUACCCCCUACGUAGAAGAAAAACUUGAUCUAGUUGGCUAAUCUUGGAGGUUAUAUGUUCAUUGUUUUCCCUGCUGGCGGCUGCUCCUAACUUAAAAGAGUGUUGGUAUUUUUCGAGAGCUUAACAAGUUGAUGUGAAAACUGUCUCCAUCAUGCCUCCCACCUCCAAAGAAAGCAAGCACCUCGGCUGCCCUCAGGGAUUCUGGAACAGCCUGGAAUCUAGUCUAGGUUGCCACCGAUGUGAUGGUCUGGGGAAGGCUUGACGAUUCCGUGAAUGGCGAACGUCACUAGGGUUUUUACUUACCUGGGAUUUUCCGUGUAUCGGGCCUAAGUGCUGGUUACUUUCCCUUUCUGCAGAAAACUCCACCAACCGGAUUUCGAAGAGGAUCCCGUGUGACGUGUGACCUGCCUUCUCAGACUUUGUGGGCCUCAGAAUGUAUUUUCGCCCCGUUCGUUUCAGUAAUAAUUCUGCUGGGCAUAAAAUUCGAGCCUUUUCCCUUCAACAUUCUGAGGUCAUUUCCCCCCACCUUUUGACGUAGAGUGACUCUUGUCUUUUUGUAGAAAAGCGUUUAAAGAAUU